UACUAGAAGGAAGUAAACGACAAUAGCCAUGAGAAGACUAACCGGAGGUGAACACAGAGCGACGCUGGAGUGCUUUAGUUAGAAAGGUGUGGCUUCCCCCCCUCAAUAUGUGUUAUACGUGUAAUUUAAAUUAAUUGCUUGUCAGGGUAGAGUGAUUUUAUCUAACAACGUCAUCACAGAAACGAAAUGCUUCAGACAAACAACGAAACGAAACUAGCAAGGAUGCCGUAGAAAUGGUUUCUCUUCGUGUCGUUGUGACGAUACAGUAACGCCAGCUGCCUGAGGGAAGAGAAAUCGAAAUCUAUCGAAGGAAAUCAGGUUGAACUGACAGUUCGAAAUCCCACAGCUGAGAUACGAUGGCGGAUGACGUUACAGAUGCAGCUGUGACGACUAGUCACGGCAACGGAGCUCAGAUGUUACCGAGUUUGGGUCACUUUUUACCGUCCUCGCCUCCUCCCGCGGUGGCUGCAGAGACCGGCCUGGCUGCAGCGUCCCCGGGCGUAGCGUACCACAUCACCUCGGACAUGGACAGCCAGGAGAGCGGCGUCGUGAACACAACCGGCUCGGUGCUACCACCAGCCGUGCCACCAUCUCUGCCGCCGAGCAUCGGCCUGGGGCUAACCGGAGCUCCGGCGAAUCUGGCUGGUGCGGGACUUCUGUCUCAGAUUCACGCCACGUCCUGGGACCCUACCCUAAGCACCGAUUGGGACAACGAGAAAGCGUCGCAGCAGUGCAUCCUGCGGAUAAAAAGAGACAUCAUGUCCAUCUAUAAGGAACCACCUCCUGGCAUGUUUGUGGUUCCUGAUCCUCAUGAUAUGACCAAGAUCCAUGCGCUAAUCACAGGUCCCUUUGACACACCAUAUGAAGGUGGCUUCUUUCUCUUCCUAUUCCGUUGCCCCCCUGACUACCCAAUCCAUCCCCCACGUGUCAAACUUAUCACCACUGGACACAACACAGUGCGUUUCAACCCCAACUUUUACCGCAAUGGAAAAGUUUGCCUUAGCAUUCUCGGCACGUGGACUGGGCCAGCAUGGAGCCCUGCUCAGAGCAUCUCCUCAGUCCUAAUCUCCAUCCAGUCCCUAAUGACGGAAAACCCGUACCACAAUGAGCCAGGCUUUGAGCAGGAGAGGCAUCCAGGAGAUAGCAAGAACUACAACGAGUGCAUCCGACAUGAGACAAUGCGUGUGGCUGUCUGUGAUAUGUUGGAAGGGAAAGUGCCAUGUCCUGAGGCCCUGUGGAGUGUAAUGGAAAAGUCUUUCUUGGAGUACUAUGACUUCUAUGAAGGUGUUUGCAAGGAACGUCUUCACUUACAAGGAAAAAACAUGCAGGAUCCCUUUGGAGAGAAGAGAGGCAGUUUUGACUACCAGGGUCUGUUGGCACGGCUUGGUGCCACACAAAGGCGAUUGCGGGAAAAAUGCCCUCCUGAGGACAAUGAUGGAGACUCAGAUUCUGACACCAGCUCAUCUGGAACAGACCCGGACAGUCAGGGCAGCUCCCAGCCGUAGGGUGCCCCCUAUGGGCACAGUGAAAGUAUGAGAAAGCAAUUGUGUUUUCCAGCUCCUGUGGACGCUUUUUAACAAGUAAAACGCAGAGCCCCGAGAGAAGUUUCGGAGUCUGCUGAUUAGCACAGGAUUAGUCUAGUUCCUGUUUCUUUUGGUUGGUCUGUUUUUCCUCUCCUUCUCUGCAAGCCAGUGGUUGCCUCUUUUCUUCGCUGAGGGAGAGAUGUCAAGUGAGGUGUGGGAAUGGGACUACAAGAUGUAAUGCAAGUGUGUGAUGCUAUACAUGUCGGCAGUUCAGCACACACUCUGCUUAUUGGAGCACAUGUGUUUCUUUCAACCCUCUUAAAAUUCACUCUACCUGAUUGUCAUGCAUACACUGCAGGUAAAAUAAGAGCUACUGGCACCUCAAUUCUGAGUAGGCCAUCAUACAUUCUAGUGCUCUGGUACCACUACAGCAAUCAGUUUCCUGGUCUUAUUUCUGUUCACUUAAUGUCUUCACAUAACCUCAGCAUUUAUUCAUUGAACCAUUAAAAAUAUUUUGAAAAUUA